AUGGGUCAAGCAGAAAGCCACAAUGAGGAGAUGGAUUUGGAGCAAAUUCAGGAGCUGUGUAUGACUUUUAUGAAGGAGUGCCCGAGCGGGGCUUUGCACCUGCAUGAAUUAAAACGGAUCUUUGGUAUACCAGCCAGCCGCGAGGAAGAGACUUUGUACAUUGAGACUGUCUUCCAUUCAUUCGACACAAACAGGGAUAACGCAUUGGAUUUUAUGGAGUAUACGGCCGCUCUUCACCUGAUAUUGCGGGGGAAUCUUGAGGAUAGGUUAAAGUGGUCCUUUAAAAUCUACGACAAGGACGGAAAUGGCAAGUUAGACCGACAAGAAGUGAAAAACCUAAUUCGGAUCAUUUACAAAAUCAAGCUUCAUACAACUGCCAUAAACAUGACACCUAAUGAAGUCUGUGACAGGAUCUUUGAGCUGGUCGACCAAAAUCAUGAUGGCCAGAUUUCCUUCACUGAGUUCAUGGAGGGGGCCCAGAAGGACGAGUGGGUCAUGAAUAUGCUCAAGCUGGACGUCAACGCUAGUGGCUGGGUCAUGCAGAACUGUGUAAAAAUGACCUGA